AUGCUUCUCGAGGGUGCUCGCUACUCACUACAACUCGGUCUGCUUCUGCCUCUGUCAGUCAUUACAACAGCUCAGUCCGAGCCUGUUCUAUCCUCAAUACUCCAAGCCCGGGACACAGAUAAGCCUAUACCAGGAGGACCAAUUGACACAACCUACCUGCCAGCCCAGAUUGGUGGUAUAAUCGGAGCAUACGCUGUAUCAUUGGUGCUGGUCGCCAUAACACUGCUUGCCCUAUCAAAGAAGCGACGCGAACAUAUCGCAGCUGGAAUUGACGAGGUCGACUUUGAAGUUCGGAAAGAUAUCGUCAGUCCUGACUUUCCUCCCACAGCUGUACCUACAUCUCUGAAUAUCAUCACCGACACCGAAUUUGUCAAACCGAGCUUCCAGGACUCGCACGAAGGAAAUCCAUACAUCUAUCCAUCGCCGGCUUCAAGUAUUGGAGCCCCCGGAACUAAUCCUUUUGUCGAUCCCCGUGUUGUGGCAGUAGACAGACUCAUGGCUCAAUCUCAGCUUGAAGACAUGUACAAGCAUGUCCUGGAGCAUGAGGAUGCAAAGAAGCGAGGAGUAGUUUACGAUGUUCCUCUGCCUCCGACUGCUCACCACCAACCACGCCCUUCAGCCUCGGCUUCCGUACUCUCUUUGAAAUCUUCGACAUCGUCGCCAUCGAAGAAGGAGAGGAGCAAGCCAGCAACACUCAACCUUUCUGCUUCCCGCGAGGAGAAGAGCCAAUCAAGGACCUCCUCAUUUCUCUCAGCACUACGAUCGCCAAAGAAGAAGCAGAUGAAGGGCAUGAGCAUCUCAUCGCCUCUCAUGACCCCCCAAUCGGGUGAAUUCCCUCGCUAUGAAGGACAGGAGAUGAGCGCGAUUCCUCCCCGACAUUAUGCUCCGGCUGCUCCUCCUCCGGUCCCCACUAAUCAGGUCCCGUAUGGUUCACCGGCCCUCCCGCCCAAGGCCCAUGCGUCACUGCCGACCCCGGAUAUCUCGCCCGAGAGUGUUUUGAGCAUCGAUGAGCGUAUCGGAAGUCAACUCCCUUAUCCUGGCCAUGCCCGUACUGUGUCACAUGCACCCAGCGAGCGUGAUCCCGAGUCAGCAACUUCGGAACACUCUCAAGCACCACUGGUUGGCCUGCCAUCGUCCCCCAAGCCUGGAUCAAGGUUCCCAUCUCUUCCUGCGUCACCCAAGCCUGGCCAGACAUUCCACCGUGCCAACGCACCUUCAGCUGUGCGAACUGGUGGUUCUCUACCGUUGCGUGCCUACGAGCCUGCCAUGGUUUCGCCAAACACUAUUGCGCAGACUACCAAGCAGACUGUGUUUGAGAGGAAAGGACCACUAUCGCCAAGCGGAGCAAUGACUCCGCACACAGCUGGUGCAGUGCCUUAUUCGCCUUAUCAGCCCUUCACGCCAUGCAUGCCUGUGACACCUUCGCUUGUAACCAGGGAGGAUCGGAAGAGAAUGAAACGCAUGGUACCUAAGACACCGACGUUGGAGAUGGUUCAGAGUUCGGAUGACGUUUGGUAA